UUGGCGGGCUGAGGCUUUGCUCACCCCUCUCCUCCCGCUCCUCUGCAGGUUCAGCGUACUAUGAUAACGUCCGUCCCUUGGCCUACCCGGACUCAGACGCUGUGCUCAUCUGCUUUGACAUCAGCCGCCCGGAGACCCUGGACAGUGUCCUCAAGAAGUGGCAGGGGGAGACGCAGGAGUUCUGCCCCAACGCAAAGAUCGUGCUGGUGGGCUGCAAGCUGGACAUGCGCACGGACCUGAACACGCUGCGGGAGCUCUCCAAGCAGCGCCUCAUCCCGGUGACGCACGAGCAG